CAUACACUAUGCUUCCUAGAGGAAUGCUAUAGCUGUCUGAACAUUCGAAGAGCAAACGGAUCGACAACGUCCCGAUAUACCGAGUUCCUGAUUCAUGUACGGACAGAACCAAUCAAUGGAAUGUUAGACUGGAAUGGAGAUCGGAUUCCACAAAUCAGGGAAUGCGCUCUUAGUGCAAGUAAUUUAGUGGGGCGACAAGGCAGGUUUCCUUCUACGCCGUUUCCAGUAUGUCGAGGAAGUUCUGAAUCAAUAGCCGCUGCGAGCUAUGUCGGGCAAUCGGGCAAAAUCCUCCGACCCAACAAUGCGAUUGUUUCGGUAAUUGGCUGUCGGGGUAAAAGUAUCUCGAUCGGAGUCUAUCAGACCGGCCCGAUAUAUUGAUUGUCACGCGGGGGCAUUCCUAAAAUCCGAAGCUCACGAGACAUAAAGGCAGGUUGAGCCUUUGCGUUUCAGGCAUAUAGUAGACGCGCUUCUAUAGACAUCUAUAAAGAGCUCUACACGCCACGCCAUCAGUAACAGGAUAAGGUCCAAGACAAAACAGCAUGUCAAGGACAAUCCUGAUCAUCGGUGGCGGCCUAGGAGGCCUCUGCUUAGCACAAGCCCUCAGAAAACACAAAAUUCCCUUCAAACUCUUCGAAAAAGACGCAGAGAUUGACUUUCGCCCACAAGGGUAUAGACUGCGCAUCAGCGAGGACGGAAUCUACGCCCUCCAAUAUGCCUUGACACCAGAAAUAUACACACUCUUCGAACAGACAUGUGCCGCAGGUCUCGCAUUUGGGGUCCAGGUCAAACCGGACGGGUCGCCCGUGGAUGCCGCACGCCGUAUAGGACCCCCUCCUAUCAAAGGUCCCAAACCGUAUACAGUUGACCGGACCAUAUUCCGAAAAGUACUUCUCACAGGGUUGAAAGACGAUGUGUUCUUCGGGAAGGCGCUCGAUCAUUACACGCUGCACGAUGACAAGGUCUCUGCGCAUUUCACGGAUGGGAGUGUCGAGGAUGGUGCCAUUCUCGUCGGUGCGGAUGGCGUGCGAUCGCGUGUUCGCAAGCAGCUUAUCCCCGGGGCCAAGGUCAUCGAUACGGGCAUGCGUGCCUUGUAUGGAAAGACGCCCAUAACGCCAGAGUUUCUUGCGCGGUUUCCAGAGCAAUACCAACGAGGAAUGAAUAUAGCCAUUGAUGACUCUGUUUCAGAGGGACAGGUGUCUCUGCUUUUCGAAUCUACGUGGUUCCCGAAUACGGAUACUGUCUCUGAGCCUGAGCUUCCGAGCCCGUAUGUUUAUUGGGUUCUUGGAGCCCAUUCCUCGAGAUUAGGCGUUCCGGAUGAGAAGCUGCUGUGUCUAAGCAAUGAUGAAGCAGCGGAUAUGGCGAUCCAUAUAACGGAAAACUGGAGCCCUGGGCUACGGGCCGUCUUUGAAAUGCAGGGUAGGGGACAGGCAUCGACGUUAAGAAUCUCAUCCGCUCCGUUAGAUCUCCCCGUCUGGGAGGUUUCACCGCGGGUGACGCUGCUUGGUGAUGCGAUUCAUGUAAUGCCGCCGACGGGAGCCUUGGGUCUUGUCACAGCUCUCAGGGAUUCGGCGGAUUUGGCUAGGAAAAUUGUCGAUGCUGGUGGCAUCGAGAAUGUUGAUGCGAGUGUGGUUGGUAAUUAUGAGAGUGAAAUGAGAGAGUUUGCAAAGAUGGCUCUUGGAAGAAGUUGGCAAGGGGGUCUGAAGACUUUUGGACUUAGGCCCGCUGACGAGUGUGAAAUGGUUGAUAUGUAACCGUUCUUGCUUUUCCUUUUAUAAUUCCUCCUCGGUUUAACUCUCAUCUUAAUAAUUCUCUUAGCCCAUAUAUUGCUAUCUCGAGAGGAUCAGAGCAACUGUAUAGUCCUGCUCACUAAUCUAAUUUUUAUCAUGCAUCUGUUAUC